AUGUUCACGUGGUGGAUCUCCUGGGUGUGGGUGCUGUGGGCGUCAUGGGCGUAUGUGGGCGCCGACGCCAUGUGGGCGGCAGGGAUAGUCCAGCAGGAAGCAGCAGCAGCAGGAGGGGCAGCAGAAGCAGCAGCAGCAGCAGCAGGAGGGGCGACAGCAACAGGAACGGCGAAGAAGGAGGUGCGUCUUGGGCCUGGUAUGGGCGGCUCAGCGGUGCAGAGCCUUGGCAGAGAAGGCGUCCAGCACUUCGCUACACAACCUACACCCCAGACGGCGGUGGUGGGCUCCACGGCUGUCCUGCCCUGCAGGGUGAUCAACAAGGUGGGGCACCUGCAGUGGACCAAGGACGGGUUCGGCCUGGGCACCGAACGGGACCUGUUUGGCUUUUCCCGCUACGCGAUGAUCGGGUCGGACGAUGAGGGAGACUUCAGCUUGAGAAUCCAGCCGGUGCUGUUGGAGGACGACGCCCUCUAUCAGUGCCAAGUGAGUGCCAGCGAUGGAGUGCCUGGCAUCAGGUCCCACACGGCGCGGCUCACUGUAUAUGUGCCACCGGAGCCGCCUAGAGUCAAACCCGCCAUCUUGAGGACCACCGCUGGCAUGACCGUUACCCUCGAGUGUGAGAGCCGUGGAGGACGACCCCCGCCUGAGAUACAGUGGGUUGAUGAUAGUCGACGUGAGACGAUCAGAACGGGGUCCAUCCUGGCGACCGAGGCCAUGCCUGAUGGGAAGCGAGUGACUGUCCGCUCCCGCCUCUCCUUCACUCCACGACGGUCCCAUCACAACUCCUCAGUCACCUGCCUCACCUCCAAUCAGGCGCUCUCCUCCCCCCUCACCAGGUGAGUCUCCUCGGUCACCUGCCUCACUCCCAACCAUGUCUUAUCCUGCCAUUCAUCAGCCUUGUCUUGUCUAUUACCUGGUUUAUUUUCCAAUUGCUCAUUCUCAAGUUAUUCUAU